AUGGGCUAUUCUCUCCCAGACUUUAGAAACGGAACCGAGUCUCUAGAAGAGGCAAAUGCUACUGGAAACGGCACACACAGCAAAGACCGUCACCAGUCAUUUUCUUCUUUUGAAAAUACCAUCUUCCUAGUAUAUGUGGUUAUCAGCUUGCUUGGCUUAGUGGGGAACGGGAUUGUCAUCUGGCUGCUAGGUUUCCGCAUCAAGAAGAACCCCUUUUCCGUCUACAUUCUCAACUUGGCCUAUGCCGACUUCAUCUUCUCCUUCUGCAACUGUAUUUUUUACACUCUACAUCUUCUAGCUUAUAAGGUGUUUGUGCUUACAGCACUCUUAGCAGCAGUUAUUCGCUCUUCUUUCCUGGUGGACUUGUGUCUGCUCAUUGCCAUCAGCACCGAGCGCUGUGUCGCCGUGCUCUGCCCCCUCUGGUACAGAUGCCACCGUCCCAAGCAUCUCUCUUCCAUCCUGUGCGCCCUCAUCUGGGGGCUGGCAUUCUGUAUGGCAAUAUUAUUGUAUCUUGUUACUUAUUUGGAACUCCUCUCAAUUAACAAAGUUUAUUUAGUCUAUUAUAUAAUAUGCCUCCUCACCUUCCUUGUGCUCUGUGUGUCUAGUCUGACUCUGCUCAUGCACGUCCAGUGUGGCUCCAGGAGAAGACAGACCACUAGGCUCUACAAGACCAUCCUGCUCAACGUGCUGACCUUCCUGCUGCUCGGGCUGCCCUUUGGUAUUGGAUUACUGACCUACAGUCUCUUACCAGAAGAAGCUCUCUAUAGACCCUUUGUAGCACGUAUAUCUAUCCUCUUCUCCAUCCUCAACAGUCUGGUGAACCCUGUCAUCUACUUCUUUGUGGGAAGGCACAGACAGACCCCAGGUUGGAAACCACUCCGGGAAGUUCUCUGGAGUGCGCUGACAGAUGAUACAUAG